AUUGAACAUGUUAUCUUCUCUUUAUGACAACCAAAGCCAAACCCAACUGAAAUUAUUCCCUCAACUCAUAACUAAAUCAAAUCAAUGGAACUCUCCUUCUUCCCAUGCUAUCAACACCACCCAUCUACUCUCCUUCAUAACCCUCUUAUUUCCAUUCCCAUCUCAAGGAAGAGACCAUCCAGAACAAACUCAAGUGUGGUUCUGCCUAGUCACUGCUCAUUGUCUUCAUCAAAUGAAACUGAAAAACCAGUAACACUUUCUUCACAACAUGAGGCCAGGAGGGCACUCAUUGGUUCACUCCUCAGUGCUGCUGCUGGAAUUUUUGUCUGUGACAUUGCUGAGGCAGUUAGCACAAGCAGAAGAGCUCUUAGAGGAGCCAAAAUUCCUGAGAGCGAAUACAAAACGCUUCCCAAUGGUUUGAAGUACUAUGACUUGAAGGUUGGAGGUGGACCAGAAGCGAAGAAAGGAUCCCGGGUUGCAGUUCACUAUGUUGCCAAAUGGAAGAAUAUCACUUUUAUGACUAGUAGACAAGGACUUGGUGUCGGUGGUGGGACGCCUUAUGGUUUUGAUGUGGGCCAAUCUGAGAGAGGAAAUGUCCUUAAAGGAUUAGAUCUUGGUGUUGAAGGCAUGCAUGUUGGAGGGCAGCGACUGCUAAUAGUUCCUCCUGAGCUAGCUUAUGGAAGUAAAGGAGUCCAGGAAAUCCCUCCAAAUGCAACAAUAGAGUUGGAUGUAGAACUACUAUCGAUUAAACAAAGUCCAUUUGGAACUCCUGUGAAAAUUGUUGAAGGUUAAUCCUACCAUGAACUCCUGCAGCGAAUCGUCAUUAGAU